GACUCAUGAGCAGCAAAAGAUUCUUCAGACGCCAGCGUCGUGUUUUAGAUAAGGACUCUCUCUCCCUUCCUCCGUUGCCACGCUCGCAAGGACAAUUCAAAAUCUAUUAUCCAAUUCCGAUAGCCUUGUUAUAAGGGAGCGAGGGAGAGAGAGGCUCAUCAUGCGUUAAUGCCGUUUUGCGUGUGCCACCUUCUUCCGAAGAGUGUCGGCAGGCGGGCCUCCCUAGAACCUCAAAACCGGUUUCUUUUGGGCCACUAGCUGGCUGACGGCGAAUUUGGCUUGCAGGCAUGUCAACUGUGAAGAUUUAUAUUGUGUACUACUCCUUAUACGGGCAUGUGGAGAUUAUGGCACGAGAAGUGCAGCGAGGAGCUAAUACUGUUCAAGGUGUUGAAGCAACACUUUGGCAGGUUACCCAAACGCUCUCUGAUGUGAUACUGCAAAAGAUGAAGGCCCCCGCUAAAGCAGAUGAUGUGUCAGAGAUCAGGCCAGAACAGCUUUUGGAGGCUGAUGGGUUCAUAUUUGGGUUUCCUUCUCGAUUCGGUGUCAUGGCUGCACAAUGUAAGGCGUUCUUCGAUGCCACUCAUGAAAUAUGGAAGACUCAAGCACUAGCAGGCAAGCCUGCAGGAAUCUUCUGGAGCACUGGUUUUCAUGGAGGUGGCCAAGAGCUUACCGCAUUAACCGCUGUUACGCAACUAGCACAUCAUGGAAUGAUAUAUGUCCCUCUUGGAUACACCUUUGGUACUGGCAUGUUUGAGAUGAACGAGGUCAAAGGCGGCUCUUGUUAUGGUGCUGGAACGUAUGCAGCUGAUGGGUCACGGCAACCCACAGAACUGGAACUAAAGCAGGCUUUUCACCAGGGGAAGUAUGUUGCUGAAAUAGCUAGGAAGCUCAAACGCCCAAACCCCCAGACCUAAUCACAAAGCAAGCAGCUGUACAUUUGAAUAGUGGAAAAUAUUUCGAAAAUUCAAGUACAGGUUAUAGUUGACAUAAACUGGCAAGUGUGACAUUUCAUGGCGAUUCAAGCACAAGCCCGCCAUGUGAAGUAACACAGUGACAAUGCGGGGGGAUUUCGGAAAAGCUUGUUUUGAAUCACGAGAUGUGAAGAAACGGCACUUCUUUAAACGGCACCACUUCUUACCUUUUAUCAUUGUUCUACCCUUUCCCUGAUUUCGAUCAGAGACAUUAUUAAGUAAUCUCAUAGUUUUUGGGUUUGUGUGAUUGAACGAUCAGUUGGGAUAAUUGAUUUAGGAACAGUUCCUGGAUCAGACAGGAUUACCUGAUUCAUGAGGAUGUGAUUCAAUCA